AUGUCAGGGCGCGCGCCCGGCAGCUUGCACACGAGGUGUUCGCACGGGGGUUGGCGUCUGCUGUCCCGCAUGCUCAGCAACCCGGAACAGCGCCUCAGCCUCGACCCCAUCAGAGUUUCCAGCGGGCUAGCGGGCUGCCGUACAUUUGUACCAUCCGAACCUAUUAUUUUUCAAUAUUCCUGUACGGCCCUGUACGACCCCGCUUUUCAGUUGGACGCGGUGUCCAGUCUCCUGGAGGCGGUUUACUGGGACGGCAGUGCACCUUGCCCUGUUAACUACCUGAUGCAGCACUCCACGGGCAGCGGCAAGAGCUUCACCAUCGCCGCCCUGGCCGUGUCGCUGUGCGGCUGGGGGGACUGCGCCGGUGGGCGGGUGGGCACCGUGCUGGUGGUCAACGACCGACUGCAGCUGGAUGCGCAACUGGGGGCGUGUGUGGAGGCGUUCUGGGCGGGUGGGGAGGGCAGCCCGCGCAGACCCGUACUGGUGCUCACCACGAUGCAGAAGCUGGCGGCCCUGUGGAGGAGGAGGGCGGGUGGGGGGAGACCGCCACCACAGCCGCCGCGGACUGGGGACCUGGAGGAGGAGGAGGAGGAGGAGGAGCAGGCGGCGGGAGGAAGUGGCUGCGGCGGCCGGUGGGCUGGUGGGCUGAACCGGAUCGCGGUCAUCGCGGAUGAGGCGCACCGCCACCACGGCCAUGGCACGACAGACCAGAUCCAUCAGAUCCUGGCGGGCGCGCUGGGAGCAGCCGGUUUCGGAGACACGCCACGAGGGCGGUGUAGUGGCGGCGGCGGUAAUGGCGGCGGUAGCAGUGGUGUUGGUGGCGGUGUCUCGGCCAAUCGGCCACAGCUCCGACAGCAGCCCCGGGGCCUCACGUACUUGGGGUUCACCGCCACGCCCAGCCCAAAGGUGCACACCGACCCGUGGGCCGCUUCUGACGGGGGCGGUGAUGAGGAGGAGCGCGGCGAGGGAGGGCACGGUGAAGGCGAUGGUGGAGACGGCGCUGGCGGGAAGACCUCUACGCGCGAAGAGAAGAAGCAGCGGCAGCAGCAGCAGGAGCGACGGGGGGAAUUACCUCCGCCGGCGGCGGCGGUGGCGGCGGCGGUGGCGGCGGCGGCACCUGGGCGGCGGGCUGCACCCUCGAGACGGCCGGAGAUAGAGCAGCUGCUUGAGGGCGGUGAGAGGGGGACCCCCGCCGCAUCCGGGGAAAUCGCGCUGUUGUACACGCCCUUUCAUGCAUACACCAUGCGCAGCGCCGUACAAGACGGUUUCGUACUCGACGUUCUGCGGUCGUACACGGCGGUUACGCCACGCCUGCGGAUCGCUGGGCUCCGUCAGGGAUCCAGCUAUCGCGCAAUGAUACCGGAUCCGGACGAAUCCGGGCAGGAUGUACGGCAUGAUAUGGAUCCAAGUACGUCCAGCAUUGAUGGGAUUUCGGAGGAGGUCCUCUUGGAAGCGGCUUCCAACAGCCGGGAUGUAGUGGAGCGCAAGGCCACCUACAUCGUGCAGCGCUUCGUGGGCAUGUGGCGCACGGCCGCCUCCUGCGCGGGCUUCACCUCCUUCCGCGGGAUGGUCGUCGCCAGGAGCCGCCGGCACGUGGCUCUGAGGCGGGCGGUGGCGGACGAGCCGGAGUUCCAGCGGCUGGCAGAGGCUGCAGCGGCCGCCGACCCGCGGGACGCUGCCGCCAGUCGGCGAGGCCCGUGUAUCUUCGGAGCCUUCAGUGGAACCAUUGCCGUACCGGCAGCGGAGGCGGAAGCGCUACGCGGGCAGUGCCGCCAGUGGCGGCACCCGACACCGGGACGUGGCCGAGGAGGCGGACGCGGUGCCGCUGGCCCUGCGGUGGACAGCGGCGGCGGCGGCGGCGGCGGCGGCGACGGUGCGCUUGCCCCCGUUGAUGCAGCCGAGGGCGCCCCGGGUCGUUCGGGCACGGAGGGGUCUCCGGGAGUGAGGGAAGCGGGAGAGGGCGCACCAGCCAAGAAGCGCAGACGGCGGAGCGGUGGUGGCGGUGGCGGUGGCGGUGGCGGUGGUGGCGGUGGCGGUGGCGGUGGUGGCAAGAAGCGGCGCCGAGCCGGUAGUGGCCGCGCGGCAAACGGUUGGGAAGCGGCCCUGUCGCAUUUAGACGGAAUGGGAGCGAACCAUGGGUCGGCUGAACACGAGGGGCAGGUGCUGCAGUCGCAGCCGCCUGAACCGCUGGAGCCCAAACCACUGGUUGGAGGUUCCGAACCCCAACCGGCAUGCGGGCGCCGCCGCGGCGGCGGCGGCGGCAACGACGGCUGUAGCUCAUUGUUCGGUAGCGAUAUGGUGACGUCAGCGCCGGACUCAGGAGCCGCUGCUGUGCUGCGGCGGCAGCAGCGGCGUGGCUCGGCGGAGCCGUCAUCAGGCGGCGUCCGUGUACGGCGUGAAGCCAGCCGGUUGACGGUAUCGUCCAGAGCGAUGACGCCAGCUUCCGUGGCCGCCGCCGCCGCCGCCGCCGGGGAUGCUGAGGCGGAGGUAGACGCGGCGGCGAGGGCCGAAGGCGGCAGCGGUGCCGCCGCCGCCGCUGCCGCCGUCAGCUCCCGGCCUCGUCGCAUGACUUGCGCCAUGUCGUCAUCUGCCGGGGGCCCUCAGACUCAAGAUGACGGCCUCGGCCGCUGUGGCGGUGAUCGUGGCGGCGAGGGAGGUGACACCGUGACACAGCAUGCUGCCGUACAUGUCACCGAGGCUGACGUCAACGGCCGCGGCGCGGACCCCGGCGCUGCAAGGCUGCUGGUGGUUUGCUCCAAGUACGAAACAGGGUACGACGACCCGCGCCUCGGCGCCAUGUUUAUCGACAGGACGCUGUCUGGCGCGCGUGCCGUACAGGUGCUCGGUCGCCUGAACCGACCCGCCCCGGCUCUGGGUAAGAGCUCCUCCCUGCUGUGUGUGGUGGACUUCGUCAACAGCGUGGGCGCUUUGCGGGAGGCGUUUGAGGAGUUUUACGACGUCACCACCCUGCACACAGGCAAACACGCCAGGCGACUUCGCGAGGAGCGGCAAAUGGAGCGAGCCCUGUCCCGCAUCCUCGAGGUGCUACAGCCGGCAGCAGACCGGGCAGCAGCGGCAGCAGCAGCAGCGGCGGCGGCGGCUGUAGCAGCCACAGUGGCGAGGCCAGGUGGCGAGAAAGGUGCCGGCGGUGGUGGUCUGCUGUCUCUCGGUGUGAGCGAUGUGGCCGCCCUGGCGGGUGCGGACGUAACGCCGGAGGCCCGGCGGGGCUUGGAGGCCGACCUGGGGCUGUACGUGCGGUUGGCGGGGUCGCUGGAGAUGGAGAUGGCGGAGAUGCCGCUGCCCUUCGCCGCAGCGCUUCUGAACAAGGUGCGCAAGAACCGGCCCCUGUCGGAGGUUAUCGCCGCCGCCAACGCCUCCCUGGACCACCGCUACAAGCGACAAAUGGCGGUGGGGUUCAGGGAGCUGUGUGGAAGGCUGGCGGCGGCGACGGCGGCGACGGCGGCGACGGCGACGACAUCGGCGGCUGACGCCGUCGCCGCCGAUGCGGUGUAUGCAUCGGAGCGCGGAGCGACGGCGCCGCCGCCACCGAGCAACGAGGACGUGUACGAGCUUCUGAGCCUGUUGCGCCGUUUGUCGUUAUGGCCCGUGACAGUUGAUUUGCUGCGGGCCACUUCCGUGGGGCUGGAGGUGGCCCAGCUGGCCCGUGCCCUGGUCGCGCGGUGGAAGGGCCUCACUGGCAUCCCGCGGAGGGAAGGGGACGCAGCUGCCGGCGCUGGGAACACGAAGAGAGGGGGCGACGCAGGCAAGGCUCGCGUCACCGCUCCCAUCGGCACGGAAGCGGCUACAGCAGCAACAGCAAUAACCGGAUCCGCAGGUACGGCAACUACGGCUGUGGUGGACGAGCAGCUUCGUGGGAAGGUACGAGCGUUGUUCGAGGGCUCAUUGCGGACGCACGUGGAGGCGGCGGCUCGAGUACGGCAUCAAGUCCCGGAGCCGGCAAAUCUGGAUCCGGAGCGGUUAGCUCUGGCGGCGCGUGGUCUGGAGGCCGCUGUGUUUGAGGCGCACGGCAAGGACGGUCCGUCGUACAAGUCCCACACCCGGAUGCUGAUUGGCGCUCUCAAGCAUGCCGACGGCGUGGCGGCGGACUUGUUGUCCGGAGCCACCGACCCACGGGUCAUGGCCACUGCGGACUCCAUAGCGCUGGCCCCCGCGAGUGUCCGAGCUCAGGUUGAGGAGCUAGCCCGGAAGAAGCGGCUGGAGAUGGAGGCCUGGGAGCGGUUGGCGGGUCAGGGCGACAGCGCCUCUACCUACAAGAGCAGCGCCUCCGUGUGUCCCUCCUGCGGCGGCGCCGGAGCCACCGUACACGUCGUACUGUCCGGCGGCACGUAUGCGCAGGAGCGGGUGCAGGUGGAGAAGUUCGUAUGCGACCACUGCAGCAGCACCUGGCGUAAUGACUGA